AUGCUUGGUGAUGCCGAGAUCCACGCUCUAGAUAGCAAUCUAUCAAGCAUUGUGCAACAGAACCAGCAACACCAUGCCGAUGUACAGAACCUCCUGGAUAAGUUCCGCCAGCUCUUAGACAGCUACAACAACCUUAAGAGUGACUAUGAGGAGGAGAAAGAGGCUAGAGAGAAGUACAAGCGGAUGGCUAGGGGUCAGGAGCGGAAUCCUUUCGUACUGGUCCUCGUUGAUGGAGAUGGCUAUCUCUUCAAAGAGCAUCUGCUAAAAGCCGGAGCCGAUGGUGGCAUUACGGCUGCCCGGAUCCUUAACGAUUCCAUCCGCGAACUGCUCCAUGAUCGACUAGGCCAUCAGGCUGACCAGUGCCGUGUGAUGGUACGCAUUUAUGCAAACGUGCUUGGAUUGUCAAAGUCAUUGGCCCGCUCCGGGAUUGUGGGACAGGAAGCCCGCUCUCUGUCGCCUUUUACGGCAAGCUUCACCCGGGCUGAGGAUCUUUUUGAUUUCGUGGAUGCGGGAGAUAAGAAAGAGGGGGCGGACUAUAAGAUUAGGGAAAUGUUCCGCUUAUUUGCCGACAACAGCCAGUGCAGACACAUCUUCUUCGCUGGUUGUCACGACUCCGGGUAUUCUAAUCUACUGACACCUUAUCGUGGCCGGACUGAUCGCAUCACCCUCCUCAAAGCUGCCAACUUUCACAGCGAAUAUGAAAGAUUAGGCCUCCCGGUGCGGGAGCUUCCCGCCCUCUUCAUGUCUACACCUAUUGGUGGAACUGGGAGUCCCUCCAACCAUACGCCUUCGAUGUCCACAACCUCUAGACCGAUUUGCAAACAUUUCCAAAAGGGCAUUUGCCGAUACGGCAGCUCCUGCAACAAGGCCCACAUACCGCAGGGUCAACAACUCUCUAGAUCCGACAAUACCCCCUCUCCUCCAGGAAGGGAAUCUCCUACGAGUGCUCGCACUCAGGAGUUUUAUGCCUCACAACUUGUCACCCACCUCGAUCCUAAGUGGCAAGAUUAUAUCCCGAUAAACUUGGCCGGAGAUCGCAUUGACACCUACUGUCCGAUCCCCGGUCACGACGCCUGGGAACUCUAUACCCGUCGCGCCAAAAUUCAUAAGCCGUGCAAUAAUUUCCAUCUUGGCGGCGAGUGCAGCAAUAUUGGCUGUGAAUACGACCACGGCCGUCUUGAUCCAAGCUCGCUGGACGUUAUGAAAUACAUACUCCGUCAGCACCCAUGUCAGACGGGCCCUUCAUGCCGAUCCACUAAGUGCUUCCUCGGCCAUCUCUGCCAGAAGGACGGAUGCCGAGGCCUCAAGCCGUGCCGCUUUAAUCGUCACGCACACACACUUGAUUUGCAUAUUGCAAAAUACACGCCGUCCAUCAAAAGGGACACUGGUCACUCGCGUGCUCCAAGCGCCGAGGGGGCAUAUCUCCCAGAUACUCCCGAAGAGCCGCAGGGCCUCAUUGUAUUGUGA